ACAUACAUAUACAUAGUAAAUAUAUUUGCACACAAAACAUUAAGAGUUUAUAAAAUAUGUUUUUUAGUUUACUUAUUUUAGAGUUUGAAUCAUCACAUCUGCACUAAUAAGAGUUAUUACAUCAUAAUUGUGGUAAUUAAACAACAGAUGCGUAAAAAUGUUAACAUGUAGAUGAUGUCUCUUUUCAGAAACCAACAAACCCAGUCUGACUCACUAUGAACAGUCCCAGAGGAACCAGUUCUGGUCCUGCAUGGUGAUGGUCUGAUCUGACCCUGGUAGACCAUCAAGUAUGAUCUGACCCUGGUAGACCAUCAAGUAUGAUCUGACCCUGGUAGACCAUCAGAGACAUGGAGAAGUUCGGGAUGAGUUUUGGGGGCGGUUCCGGCCGGAAGGAGCUGGUGGACACCAUCGAGUCCCAGAAGAAGCAGCUGGUCCAGUACCAGACUCGCUUCAAAGAUGUGGUCCGGGCCUAUAAGAGUCUUCUGAAAGAGAAGGAGGCUCUGGAGGCCAGUUUGAAGGUCUUGACUGUGAUGCAGGAGGUGGACCUGAACCAACAAGGCCAGGACACCACCACCUUGGACCUCCUGGAGGAUGGCAGCUCACUGCACAGCGAGGACAGUGUGGACACAGCAGCGUCUGUGGACACGCCCAGUGAGACCACCAGAGGGGACCAGAGCGAGGAGGACCAGGGAGAACCAGGACUAAAGUCCGGCUCAAUGACCCUGCGGUCCGACCUGGAGAACAGUGGCGUGGGGGCGGACCCACAACAUCAGGCCACGCCCCCUCCCGGCACGGAGGUGGACCGCCGACUCGCCCAGCUGAAGAACCAACUGAGCACGCUCACCGGCGCCCUCGCAACGGUAACCCACGAGAAGUCCCGAAUGGAGGCGAGCUUUCAGGCCGACAAGCGGCAGCUGAAACAGGAAAUGGAGGAGCUCCAGGAACGCCUGGUCACCGUGACCACGCAGCAGGAGGCGGAGCUCCGCGCCCUCCAGCAGCAGCUGGCGGAGAGCCGCGCUCGCGUCAUCACGCAGCAGCACGAGAGGGAGCAGGAGCAAGGAGACCAUGUCCAGCAGCUCAGGGAGCUCCAGAGGAUCUUGCAGCAGGAGAGAGACCUGCGACAGGAGGCAGAGCUCCGCCUGCAGGAUGCCAACGCCACUCUCCUCGUGACGUCGCAGGCCGUGGACCGGGGGGCGGAGUCCCAGGCCCACCUGAACCAGGUGAGGGAGGAGAGAGACGAGCUGAGGAGGAGGCUGCAGGCCGCCGAGGAGGACCAGAAGAAACCAGAUCCCAGAGUGAACGAGCUGCAGCAAGAGCUGACGGAGCUGAAAAGACACUUUCUGCAGCAGAUCCACCUGGAGACCAGAAAGGCCUGCGAGGCAGAGGAACGAGCUCGUGAGCGCGCUCAGGAUGCAGAGUCGAGGGUCGCCGGUCUUGAACAGAGAGUCUCUGAACUGUCGGAGCUGCUGGGUUCCUGUGAGAAGUCGAGGCAGAGAGACCAGCAGGCGGCUCAGAGGCUCAGAGACCGGAUCCUGCAGCUGGACACGGAGAACAAGACACUCGCCAUCGCCGCCUCCAGCAGGAUGACCUCCGACCUCGGCGUGGAUGAGUCUCAGCUGGACAUCGUCACGCUGAAGGAGAAGCUGGAGAAGGUGAAGAAGCUGCUAUCGCUGGCGGCUCAGAGGAACCCGGACCAGAACCUGGUGGUGGAAACAGAGCCGGGCGGAGACAAAGCCUCCCUGUUCCACCAGCAGGAGCUCCAGCAGCUCAGGGACGAGUUUGAACGCUACAAGCUGCGAGCGCAGGUGGUGCUGAAGAACAAGAACGCCAAAGAUGGCUGCCAGGCCAAAGAGCUGGAGGAGGUCCGGGACCAGCUGUCCGAGCUGAGGGAGAAGUACAUCAACCUGCGGAUCCAGAGCGACGAGGCUGAGACCCGGCAGCGCCGAGAGCUGGAGGAGCGGCAGCAGCGGGUGGCGGCGCUGCAGCACGCCAGCAAACAGGAAGCGGAGCGGGCGGAGGCGUCGCACCGUGACGACCUACUGCGACUGGAGGCGGAGCUUCACAAGCAGAGAGAGAGGACCAUGGCGCUGCUGGACGAGAAGGACCAGGAGCUGGAGAGGCUGCGGGCCGCCGUCGUGCCGAGCUGCACCGGCGGCGGCGACCGCAACCGAACGGCCGACGACGAGCGCGAGUUCGGCCCGGAGACUGAGGGCGACGUGGUCAGCCAGGCGCUGCGGCGGGCGGCGCCCAACGAGCCAACGCUGCUGCUGUACGCCGAGCAGCUGGCCAGGAAGGAGGCGGAGGCCGGCGGACUGCGGCGGCAGAAACACCGGCUGGAGGAAGACGUCCACCAGCUGCAGGCCAGGCUGGUCGCCAACCGGGAGCGCCACGACGAGGAGGCGUCCGGGCUGAGAAGACAACUGGAAAAACUCAUCCGAGAUCAGAGCAGAGAGGGCGCCAACAUGGAGUACCUGAAGAACGUCAUCUACAAGUUUCUGACACUGCAGGACAACAGCGGGAGGCAGCAGACGCUCAACGCCAUCCAGACCAUCCUGCACUUCAGCCCGACGGAGAGACGCACCGUCAUGGGGCUGCAGGGCGCCACCUGGUGGACCAAGAGGUAGAACACCUGGACUAGAACCACCAGGAGGCUGCAGGGCGCCACCUGGUGGACCAAGAGGUAGAACACCUGGACUAGAACCACCAGGAGGCUGCAGAGCGCCACCUGGUGGACCAAGAGGUAGAACACCUGGACUAGAACCACCAGGAGGCUGCAGGGCGCCACCUGGUGGACCAAGAGGUAGAACCAAAGUGACGGGUGUUUCUGGGUUUCUAUCUGAACUCUGUGUUUAUCUUAAUGUGAGGAAACAUUUAAAAGGUUUAUUUAAUACAUUUCUUCAUAUCACUGAUAUAUAUUUUUGAUUCCUUUGUUGAAAUUAAACUUUUCUUGCUUCACAAACUGUUUGGUUCAUUUUAAAGGUCUGAAAUUAAUUAAUUCAGAGUUAAUUUGUAUCAAAACAUCGUAAAAUGUCAUCAUUUUUAGUCAUAACAUCGCCUCGUUCGGAUUAAAGAAUUAUUAAUAAAAGCAGGUUUGUGAAGAUGAAAUGAUCAAUAUUUAUAUAUUUAAUAAACAAAGUAGACAAAAUGUGAACAUGAUUCAGGUUUUACUUUUCAAAUACAAACUAAAUAUUUACAGAUGUUUGAGAUCAAGGAAAAGGCAAAUAACACAAUAUUAUUAUUCAUAUUAAUGUGAGUAACAUUCACUGAGCUCAGUCUGCGAUACAAAAAUAACAUCUGGUCAAUGUUCAAGUCUGACGUUCUAAUAAAGAGUCAUCAUUCAAACAAAAGAUAAAUAUGAAAAUAAUAUUAAACGUGUGGAGAAAAGAAACAUUUAAAUAAAUUAACAUUUUAUUCUGUUUGGUGGAGAUUUUAUGAUAAAAGGUGAGAAGUGUGUACUCAGUGUGUACUCAGCGUGUGAUCCGUGUACUCGGUGUGUACUCGGC